AUGCCUUUGUUCCCUUCCACAUGCCAAGAAGAAGCUUGGACCAUCACAUCCCCCCAACCUCGCGCCUCAGCGGGCUCCCCUUCCCUUAGCAAUUUCUACCUACACUAUCAAUUUUCCCAUUGAUCCAGCCGUUGCCUUAACAGCGUCUAACCAUCUACAGUCGCGUUGCCGCCUUGUAACCCAUCACUCUUUGUCACGUCGACAAUUACUCUAUUUCCGUUGAAUUCAGAAUGAAUAGUAAAAAUUGGAAUGAUAGAGCUGACAAAGACUUGUUCUUUACUAUUCUCUCUGUCAAGAACAUUGGCGUCAUAAGCGGCUCAGAAUGGACCACCAUUGGUAACCAUAUGAGAAGUCUGGGCUAUGGCUUCACCAAUGAAGGCUGCCGACAACAUUUUCAGGGGCUUCGCAGAGCUCAGAAUAAGGCAGAGACAGCUGGACCCAAUGGCGAUAUUGUACGCAGGAAUGAUCCGACAAUGAAUCCGAUCACCCGUCGUCCCGGCCCUGGAAGAGGUCGGCCCAGGAAACAGCCUCCUGUUCCUGUUCCUGGAGCUGGAGAAAUCCCCUCCGAUCAGCCUAUGCCAGUUGGUAUCGUUCCCGGGCCCAACUCCGUACCUCCUUACCCCCAUCCUCAUCCCCAGGCAGUCCAAUCUUAUGGUGUUCCUGCUGGCAAUCAUCAAACUGGCGCUCAUCUGCCAGCUCAAGGUGCUGCACAGCCUGGCAACAUCUCUCCUGCGACUCCUACUCAACAAGUUCCUCCCCCAAGCAAUACACCUCAUGUUCAGGGCCCGAUAACUUACCCAAGUCCCCCUCGUGCCCCUGACACUCCUCAGGCGCCUGCUCAUCUUCAUCCUCUUCAGCAUGCACAAUCCGUUCAACCUGGUCAACAGCCUCAACCCGGGCAGCAACCUCCGCCUGGCCAACAGCUCCAGUCAGGUUUUCAACCUCAACCAGAUCAACAGGACGAACCUGAACAGGCUUCACAGCCAACUGCACAGCCUCAGCCACAGCAGGAAAGCUCAACUGAAUACCAAUCUCAGGAUGUUUCCCAGGAAGCCCCUCGGGAGGCCCGUGAAGCGACUGAUGCAAGUGCUGCAUCUCAACAUGCGCCGGUUGAGCAGAACGACGACUCUCAAGCUGCUUUAACCUCGGAGCAGCUGCAACAUGCCAACGAGGAUAUCGAUGCUGAUGGCGACGCCGAUGGUGACGCUGACGGCGAAGCGGAUAUCGAUAAUGAUGAGCCGGCCGCUAAACGGCCACGGUUAAGUUCGCCUGAGCCCCCUAAGGAUACCGAUAUGGAUGAUGAAGCUGUCUUGGCCUUGGCGGCCCAUAAUGGGUCGACAGAUUUUGCUUCCGAUUUUGCUACUUAUGGUGAGGCAUAGCCACCGACUUUGCUUGUAGAAUAACAUUGAUACCACGGGCAUUGGCGUUAGAGACUAGGAGUUUCUUAAAUGGCCUUUGCAUUUGCAAGGGAUGGGAUACAAAUGAGCAAGCGAGGACUGGAUUUUUGUAGGAUAUACCAGAACAUUCUGGCUGUGUGUAUAAUAUGAAAGAAAAAGAGCUGAGACUUGGUUAGCAGAAGCAAGAGCUGGAGUCUCUUAGUUGGGAGCGUACAUCAUUGCUCUCGGUCAUGUCGAAAGUUCAGUCGUAGAUAGGACAGUAACAAUGCCAAACUUGUAGAGUGUUUCUAUUGUCA